CAUAGAAAGAACUGUAGGUCUACUAUUAUAUCUAUGAUGACAUAGGCUUAUGUUAUAAUGGCUAACACCAACUAAGUUUUUACGGCAGGCUAUAGGCUAGAUCUAGUGUUAGGCUAAGGAAUCUUCUCCCGGAGGCCGAAAUGGUAGUCUAGUCUCCGUAAUCCAGUCAUUUAUUGAUACGACCAUUCGGCUGGUUAAACAAAAUUGUGGCAAAGGCGUCAACCAUGAGCUCAACGAUGGCGAUAUUACCUGCUACUUGGGAUAUGUACGAUCUUGUACAAAGUUUCUUACGGACACCUACUUAUCAUCUAGUUGUCGAAGUAUGUUUAGUUCUACUUAUAAUAAAGUUGAUAUUCUCGAAGAGCUAUAAACCAGAAAAAAUGGUUCUUUCAGAAAAGGAGAAAGAGGAACUUAUAGCAGAGUGGACACCAGAACCAUUGGUACCAGAUAUACCAGAAGAUCAUCCUGUCAUACAAUUAAUGGAAAAAAAUAUUGUUACUGGCCCACCAGGUAAAUAUAUCAAUAUUAGACAGAAAUCCUGUAUCAACAUGGCUACAAUGAAUUUUCUGGGUAUGGUUGCCAAUAAAACAAUUGAGGAUGAAGCUGUACGAUGUAUAAAGAAGUAUGGUGUUGGUUCAUGUGGACCUAGAGGAUUCUAUGGAACUAUGGAUGUUCAUCUAGAUUUAGAAAGUAAAUUGGCAACAUUUAUGGAUUGUGAAGAAGCUAUUAUAUAUUCCUAUGGAUUUGCUACUAUAUCUAGUGCUAUACCAGCUUAUUCAAAGAGAGGAGAUGUUAUCUUUUGUGAUGAAGGUGUUAGUUUUGCUAUACAGAAAGGUUUAGUAGCUUCUAGAAGUGAAAUACAGUUCUUUAAACAUAAUGAUAUGGAAGAUUUAGAACGAUUGCUACAAGAACAAGCUGUUAAAGAUAAGAAGAAUCCAAAGAAAGCUAAAGUAACAAGAAGAUUUAUUAUUGUAGAAGGCUUAUAUUUAAAUUAUGGUGAUAUUUGUCCUCUUCCCAAAAUUGUGGAAUUAAAAUGGAAAUAUAAAGUCAGAAUCUUCUUGGAAGAAAGUUUUUCUUUUGGUGUGUUAGGAGAGGCAGGUAGAGGUGUGACUGAAUAUUUUGGAAUUGAGGUUGAUCAGAUAGAUUUGAUAACUGCAUCAUUAGAAAAUGCUAUUAGUUCUAUUGGUGGAUUCUGUGUGGGUAAAAAAUAUGUUAUAGAUCAUCAGAGAUUAUCAGGUUUAGGAUAUUGUUUCUCGGCAUCUCAACCACCAUUACUAGCUGCUGCUGCUGCUCAAGCUUUGAUGUUAAUGCAAGAAGAUCCUGGUAUGAUGAUCAAGUUAAGAGAAAACUGUAUAAAACUUCAUGAAGGCUUGACUAAUAUAAAUGGCAUUAAGGUUGUAGGUUUACCACACUCACCAGUCAAACAUCUACGACUUGUUGAACCAUCAGAUGAUAGAGAUCUAGAUAAUCAAACAUUACAACUAGUUGCUGAUAGGGCUAUAGAGAAUAAUGUGGCAUGUACUGUAGCCAGAUAUCUAGAAAAAGAAGAGAAAUUUCUUCCACCUCCUAGUAUUCGUAUUGCUGUUAAUUGUCAGUUAGAAUCAACUGAACUAGAUACAGUUAUCAGUGUUUUAACUAAAUCUUUUAAUGAAGUUUUUGCUUUAUAAAAUAAUGAUUCCUCGUGUAAAUUGUGUGUUCUACAGCAUAAUAAUAUAUAUUAUCAUGUAUUAUAAUACACAGUACAACUACAUUUAGAAUGUCUAUAGACUCAUACUUUAUAUAUACACUGACAACUUUAUAGGAUAAACUAACUAAAAUAUAUUACAUUAUCUUGUUUUAUGUUCUUAAUAUACCAUAGAAGGAUUCGUUUGUAUUGGUUGUUUGCUGCCAAUAGGUCAAUCAUGUGCAUAAUAUGAGACCAAUGUGUUGAACAUUGACAUAUAGAAUGUGGCUAUGCUGUAUAUAUUUUGUAAUAAGAGUACAAGAUAUUAAUGCACUGUUUUAUUAUCUCUUUUUGUUAUAUUCUACAUAAUAGAUGUAUAUCACAAACAGAAACUUCUGCUAAGUAGAGUGGUACAGAGGCUUAUCUGUAAUUUUCUGUUCAUUCACUUGCUUCAAACAACUAAUUGCACCAAAUAGGUGUCACAUGUCCUGGCAUGAUGAGUGAUGUGUGACCUAAUACUUCUGUAUAAAAUAUAAUCCUUGAGUGGCAUUUAGGUGUAUGCCUGUAAAUUGUGUUGUGGAUCUUAUAAAAUAUGUCUUACCCUUUCCAUCUUUAGCAAGAAUAAGCUGGUAAUAAAAUUAAAAAGAUCAAUGUUUUUAUUUAUGAUUAUUUGUGUCUGUCUACAUGCUUGUUAAAACUGAUUAUUUGAAUCAUAUAUUUUAACUGUUUUGCAUUUAAUAUCAUUUCAUGUCAUUUUAACAUUGCAGCUUGAUCAAAAAAAUAUCCCAAAACACUUUAAUAUUAAUUUGUGUAUAUAGUAUGUUGUAUUUAUGUUUCUAUUCUUUUUAUACUUAUGUUGUAAUUGUGUACAAUGAUUUAUAUAUUUUUUUUGAAUGGACAGUCUCUUUAGCAAUGUAAGAACAAGAGAUUUAUCAGUAAAAUACUCCUGGUUUUAAUUCAGUAUUCUGUAAGUGUUAUCACUCAGAAUAAGAGUUUAUAAAGAUAAGACAGUGGGCAAAAAAUAAGUCACUACAUAUGACCUCAAAUACCCUGCGACAUUAUUUCCCAGAAUAGUUGUACUGAUUAUAGAGAACUUUUAUAUACAUGAAUUACAAAAUAUAAUUAUGCAAUUAUAUUUAAUUUUGAUGUGGAAUAACAAAAAUAGAAUCAAGUAGAUAAUGGGUUUCCUUCACAGGGGAUAUUUUAGUUGCCCUCAUUAUCAAAAGUAUCAGAAAUUUUAUUGUACAGUACAAAAUUUUGUAAAAUAAUGAGGUAACAAGGUAGUUGAUGUCACAUUUGGUUGGUUUAUGGCCAAUUACCUUAAAUAUAUGGCAAUGAUACUCAUAUUAUAUCAAUCCUUGUGUUGACGUUGAGUGGAGCUUAUAGAGUAUACAUACUACUAACUCUUUUGUUUAUAUAUUUCUUUUAUAUAUUCUUCACAUUCUAAUAAGUAUUAAAUUGAUGUUUUAUGAGAAUUGUCUUUCUUCAUCAUGAUUUUUAUACCCCCACAUUCUUUUUUUCAAAUUUUGAUGGAAAUUAAAACAUGUUGAUAUCCAAAACAUCCCGGAUCCUUUCAAUAUUGGCGCAUAUCGGACGUAACUUACUGUAUUAUGGCCCCGGAUUGUACGAAAAAUCACAUGUUUAGCUUGUGGCCUCUCUAGAUGUCACAAUUUUUAUUUGAUUUUAAAAACCAUUGGAGGUAACAUCUUGGAUUAUGGUCCCUGAUUGUACAAAAAUUGAUGUUUUAGCUUGUUCUGUCCAUCCCUUGCAAAAUAUGGCAUAUCUUGCAUGGCAGCUGCUUGUUUAUUGAAUAAAUUUUGGGUUUCAACUAUUCAUAA